UAUAUAGUGUUUGUCUCACUGUCAUGUAGCUAGGCUAUAAUCAGCUAAUGCUACUAGUUGAAAGGGUUGACUUGAGGGUUUAUCUUUUAUAAUAUCUUCAGCUAAGUGCUGUAUUUGUAAGUGUUAUGGCAGCCACCCUGCAGCGCAUAGAGACACAGUGAGGGGUUUUUCAUCAUCAUCAUCAUCAUCAUCAUCAUCAUCAUGUAGAGAGAUAAACACUAUGAGCCGAGCUAAAGCUGAAGAUGACGAAUACUGGAACAACUCCAAAUUCACGGCUUUCGCCUUCGACGAUGAUGAUAAUGAGUUCACCAAGCUGAAAGAAUCCAAGCGUGCAGUGAACAGCAUCCCGGUGGAUGACGACGACGACGAUGAUGAUGAUGAUGUUGAGAAGGUCAGCUGGAGUGGGGAGCCUGUUGGAAGUAUCUCCUGGUCUGUCAGAGAGACGGCCUCCAGCAUCCGCUCAGGUGGAGAGCAAAGCUUUCCAAAAAUCAACACAACCCCCUCGUUACCAAAACAAGGCUCUGGAUACUCUUUAAGUUCUUUAUUCAGAGCAAAGAGCAAACCUUCAUUUUCUGAAUCCUUUAUUGACAUGCCUGCUCGAGUAUACGCACCAGAAUUACGCAAGCCGAAGUCAGAGUGUCAGGACUAUGUGAGUGAUUGGAGUACUGAAGAGACUGUAAGGAGGAUGCGGAAAGGAAAGGCAUAUUCCUUGGAAAGGUUCCGCUCUCUACAGGAUAAACUGCUGCUGCUGGACGAAGCAGUCCGUGCUCACGAUGGCAAUGUCAUCACUGCAGUCUUAAUAUAUUUAAAGAAAUCAUUGAGUAAAGAGAUCCUUUUCCGAGAGUUAAUGUUGAGGGAAAUAGCUCUCCGACAUUAUGUUCAUUAUCUGAAAGAAAUGGGAGAGCAGAAGAUCUUGGUGGAGUUAAUGAAGGCACUGGGCAGAACAGAGGACAUGGCGUUAAUGCAGUACAAGGAGCACAUGACUAUUAAAGAUGAAAACGAAAGGAGAGACUUCCUCAAAAAAUCUUUGAGUCUUCCUUUUUCUCAAGAGGAUGCCACUCAUGUGCAAGACCACUACACACUCCUGGAGAGACAGAUCAUCAUCGAGGCUAAUGAUAAGAAAGGUGAAGCAGAUAUUUUCAAGAAGUUCCCCAGAAAAGCUUCCAUUUUGAACAUGCCUAUUAUCACCACUUUGUACUACUCCUGCUUUUAUCACUAUGGAGAGCCUGAGGGUACUUUCAGCAGUCCAGCUAACAUCAGAAAGACCUUCAGGAUUUCAGAAAAGCAGUACGUCCUCACAGCACUCGGAGCUCGGGCGAAGUUGAGAAACUGGCACGAUGUGGAAAGUUUAUUCAACACCAAAACCUGGCUGGGUUACACCAAGAAGAAAUCUCCUAUUGGCUUUCACAGAGUGGUGGAUAUCCUGCAGAAAAACUACGCUCCUGUUCAGGUCUUGGAAACGUAUAUGAGACUGAUCGAUGGCUCAGAACUGAAGCUCAGUUUGGCUCAGAAGUACAAAUGCCAUGACGUUGUUAUCGAUACAUACAAAGACCUGAAAGACCGUCAGCAACUGAUUGUGUACCAGGGAAAGGUGGACAGAGGUUCAGCUGAGUACAGGAAGAUCGACGAGCUCCUUAUUAACCCGCAAAUCCGAUGGAAGAACUGACAUUUGGGUUAAAAAAACACAAGGAGAUGUUUUAUACAGACUAUUUAAUACGAUCAUACUCCAGGCUUCAGACAGAGCCAGUGCUUCAGAGGAGCUUCACAGGGAACAGCUGUUACAGUGAUGAGUUACAGCCUCAGUGUUCAACCACGGUGUAAAGAAGAAGCCCAGCAACUACAAUAUAUUUUAUUUGCCUUCUCUUUGUAAUAUUCCAUUUCCCCCCCCUUUUUUUUUAUUGUUAAUUUCCUGGUUCAUUAUGGAUGUGCUGUGUGCCCUUUUGCCAGGGAAAGCUGAACCCCAAGGUGUACAAAUACCAAAUAUUCCAAAUAUGCCAUCUGUCAAUAUGUCAGUAGUCCUGAUGAACUAAUCUUUUAUAUUUAAUAAAAACCUUUCAAAACUGCCAAAUGAAACGUAAUAAAACCACACAUUUUUAUGUUUAUUAUUGUUAUUAUUAUUAUUACUUCAAGGUUAAACUUAAGAUUAAAGAAAUGUUUAAAGAAAUGCCAUCUUUUUCAGAGUUUCAGAGCUUCAUUUGGGUGAAACUCUCUGAAAGUGAAUGUCAGCUGAGGGAUUGUGUUUAUUAAUGGCAAGAAAGCUUUGACAAGUUCCAAAAUAUCUGAAAUCACCCUCCUUU